AUGCAAAUCGAGAAUAUCUUGUAUGAUGCUUUUGGUGACAAAGUCAAAGCUUUGUUUCAUAAGCCUCACGGAAUCGUAGAUCCUCCCGUGGCUCCCACCCAAUCCACAGAAGGCGAUUUUCUAGUUGAUCCACCUCCUCCAAGGGCAACUAUUGUUGUUAAUCAGUUUGAUAAAGAACCUGAAAACAGCAGAUCUCACAUCACGAUCAAACAAGGGAAAAGGACUGUCUUUGCCAGCAAAAGUGAAGGAUUACGUUUCAUGAAAAACACGAAUGAAAAUCACAAAGCUAAAGAUCGUAUGUUGACUAUGACGGAACUUAAAAAGAGAAAAAUUUGUGACGAGUAUGGAGAUCAAUCCAGAAUCAGAAUGUGGGCUUUUGAUCCCAAGUCAAACAUGUGGGUCGUAAAAAGGAACUCUGGAGUCCCAGAGUAUUACAAAAGUGUUCAUGAUUUCAACUCGUGGACAAAAGUUGAUCUUGGUGAACUUUCAAGAGCCCCAUUUCAUAAUCCUUCAAAUUUUAAAAGAUUUCUUGACAGGAAGGUUAAGGAAAACUUCCGAAAGAUGAAGACUGCGAAAGCCCUAUAUAGAAAGGAUAAGGAUAUUAUUGAUCCUGAAUCAGGCCAACCCAUGAAGAUUAUACUAUAG